AUGACUGUUCUUUGUGUUGUGUCGGUUCUCAGCCUGCUCCCGUUCGCGACAUCACGCCCACCGCACAUCGUCUUUAUCGUUAGCGACGAUCUCGGCUUCAACGACGUCUCGUUCCACGGCUCGAACCAGAUUGGCACGCCCAACAUCGACGCCAUCGCCGCCGAUGGCAUCACCCUGAUGAACUACCAUGUGCAGCCAGUCUGCAGCCCGUCCCGCGCCACCUUUAUGAGCGGCCGGCACGUCAUCCACACGGGCAUCUACAUGCCGUUUCGGCAGGGCACGCCACUGCGGCUCAACCUGUCCUACUCGCUGCUGCCGCAGUAUCUGCGGCGGUGCUGCAACUACAGCUCGCACAUGGUCGGAAAAUGGCAUCUCGGGCAGAAUGUGCUCGCCGCGCUGCCGACGGGGCGCGGCUUCGAGACGUACCUCGGCUACUGGUCUGGCGCGGAGGACUACGUCACGCACGACACGCUCGGCGCCUACGAUUUCAACGACGACGCGCGGCACGAGGCGGGCUCGGCUGCGGCGGAAGUGACGCUGCGCCCGGCGGUGGAGCUGAACGGGACCUACUCGACCGCGGCGAUGACGGCGCGCGCGGUCCGGGUGAUUGAGGGCUUCGGCGGCGGCGGCGGGCUCGGAGGCUCUCUUCCUCGGAGGCCUCUCUUCCUCUACCUGCCGUACCAGGCGGUGCACUGGCCGCUCGAGGCGCCGCCGCAGUACGUUGACCGGUACCGCGGGCGGACGGGCGGCGACACUCGGCGGCAGCUUGUGUGUGCGAUGGCCAAGGCGCUCGACGACGGCGUGGGGCAGGUGACGGCGGCGCUCAAGCGGCGGGGCAUGUGGGACGACUCGCUCGUCCUCUUCUCGAGCGACAACGGCGGCCCGACUAACGGCAACGAGGGGACGUGGAGCUCGAACUUCCCUCUGCGCGGCGGCAAGAACACGCUCUGGGAGGGAGGCACGCGCGUGGUUGGCGCUGUCUCCUACGAGAAGUUGCACGCGACGGACUGGCUGCCGACCCUCGUGGCGAUGGCGUCCGGCAGGCCGCCGUGGACCGCCUCCAUCCCGCCCGGCGAGGCGCCGUACCUCGAGGGCGACGGCGUCGACAACUGGCCGAUGCUGCGGGCGGGCGGCGCGCCCGGCUCGUCGGCGCGCGACUGGCUGCUGUACGAGGUGCACCCUGGCGACCGCUGGGCGCCGCACUCCCACGGCGAAACGUGGCACCCUCCGCCGGGCGAGGACAGCACCGCCACGCGCUACGCCGUCGGAGAGCGGUGCGACCGCUCCCUCCGUGUCGGCGCCGCGGAGGCGAUCACCUUGGGACGGGCCCAGCGCAAGGCGGGGCAGUGCGCGGAGGAGUACUGCCUCUUCAACGUCACUGCGGACGCCUGCGAGUACCACGACCUCGCGGCGGAAAGGCCGGCCGACGUGGCGCGGCUGCUGCGGCGGCUCGACCGCUUCCGCGCGACGGCGGUGCCGGUGGUGCGGCCGGAGGGGUGCGAGCCCGUCCGCGUGCCAAACAGCCGGUGGGGGGCGGGCUUUCGCGGCGUGUCGUGGCAGCCGUGCGACGGGCCGAUGACGCCGCCCGGCCUGACGGAAGUGGCAAGCGCGGGGAGGGAGCGGCGCGGCGAGGAUUUGUUUGUGCUGGUGCGGGGGAGCGGAGCAGCGAGUCCGAGCGGACGCCUGGAGAGCGUUGCUUGACACAUGACAGCGGCGGAGAGGGUGGCACACGCGCAUGUGUGUCGCGCACGAGCGGUCGAGCGCCCUCGCGGCCGCGCGCGCCCCCGGCCUACCCCGCUAUAGGGCCGGCGACCCUCUCUCGGUGCGUCGGAGCUCGAAGCUCCCCCGUCGCAUAUCUAGAUACACGUUUUUGUGAAUGCUUCUUCGCGCGCGUGU